ACAACUAAUUUCAAAACGAUGUUGUUUUUUCGAAAUUCCUAAUUCCUCCUUAAGCUUUUUUUCUCAACAGAACUAUGGUUAUCCUUUGAUCUUUUAAAGCAGGACAAAUACUUUAUCAUGGAAAAAGUGACCUUCAGAUGUUGUUUGACUAUCGAUUAAAGCUAUAAGACCGCUAAAUAUCUACAUAGGUCUUAACAGCGACCUUCAGUACUAUAAAUUGUGGUGAAAAGUCGGCGUUAUUUUCGUACAAAAAUUUUUAAACUUUACAUAAAAAAUGAAAAAUAUUCUUUUAGUUAUAGGAUCACUUUGUUUGAUUCUCACAAGCUGUUUGGGACGAAAACUAGUUUGUAGUCAACCUGAUGGAUCAACAGAAGCUUUGAAAGGAUAUUGUCGCCGUCAGUCAACUGGUGAAUGUCAGUGUACACAAGAUUGUGAUUAUGCUGUAUCCCUGAUAGAUUGUGUUUGUGCCAAUGAAGAUUUAGCAUAUGCAAGAGAUCAAAAAUUGGCUAAUUGUACAGUUUGGACACAAGGACGUUGGUUACACUAUGUGAAAACCAUAAGAGAAGAAAUUGUGAAAGGUGUUAUACUCGUUCCUGCCAGUAAUACUCCAGACGGCAAAGGUCUGUUAUUUCCUAACACUAAUGAAGGACUACCAUGGCCUAUAACCGAUGUUCAUUCGGACAGAGCCCUAACAGUACACGGACCACACUGCCUACAUAUGAUUCAAAUGUUCAAUGAACAAAUCUCAAAUGGUCAACCUUUGAAUAAUCUCGUUGAUCGGUUACACUCUGAACACUGUAGACGUCUAGCACGACGCGUUUUGGCUUUGUUUGAAACACAGGCAAACUACCGGGUGGAACCAACCUCACUCUGUUCUGCUAUAAGAAAAUCUCAGCUACGAAAUUUGGGUUUACUAGUCGAAGGCGUUACGAGUGUGGAAGCCCGGCUUGGCUUAUUAGUGGAGGGAGUACCAUCAGUGCAAGUCACAGACCACCUGGAAUUAUUAGUCGAAGGAGUACCUGCAGUACAAGUUAUAGUCGAGCCUUUUCGUCGUGAUAGGCUUCCAAACCAAAAUUCGAGCGCGACCAUCGUCACUGAAUCACAUCUUGUUUAUACACAGCUGCAUGAAAAGGCCAAACAAUUGUUAAAUUCAUCUCAUGUUCCAAACCAAUUUAUGCAGCGUAUGAUUGCCGGUCAAAAUCGAGGCAUUAUUGAAGUGAGAGAAUGGCUGGAAAAACCCUUAACUCGUGCCGAACAGCGAUAUUUUGAUUCCUGGAAAUCGGAAAGAGUUUUACAGUUUGCAGCACUUGGAAUUUAUUGUCAACAAGGUCAUGGACAACAAGCGCCGAUUGAAUACAUUCGUAACUUGCUGACAAUGAAAGAAUAA